AUGGCCGGAGCAGAAGCUGCAGCUCUAAUGGCAACACUUGAGCAAGCAACCCUAAUGGCUAAACAGCUCUCCAAUCCACCAGCAUCAAUCAACACCAAUUUAGAACAAUCCCAAAUCCUUCAAAUUUAUUCUUCUCUUCACGCCGCCCAUCACCACCUAUCUCAGUUCCUAACCAAUCAUCCGUCACCUCUGCCUCUCCAGCUGCAACCCUCUUUUCUGCACACCCCGCUAAUAGCUCCGCUGGCGCGGGAGAACUCCGUUUCCUCCGCCGUGGGUGGCGGUGGAGAUGGGAAUUACGCGGAACCAAUGCAGAUGGGUGAUGAAGACGAUGAUGAUGAUGUUGAGUAUAACUCAAAGGACGCUAGUUCGGCUGUUGCGGCGGCGGCCGGAAUUGAUGGAGUUGAGGAGAGGAUGAGGGAUUGCUAUAUCCAGAAUAAGAGACCCAAAAGGUCAUUGUCUCCGUCUGUGGUGGCGGAGCAGCGGCGGAGCUACGCCAAUGAGGUGGCUGCUAGAGUCGGCGGUUAUUCGACGGAAGAGUUUGAUCCUGAAGGGAAUAAAUUAAGGUCCCUGGAUCUAAUCUAUCAGUUUCAUGGCUGA